UCGUGUGUCUCGAGGAAUACGUGUUAUCCGUUACGUCUAGAGAUUGACGCCGCAGUGGAGUAGAGAGCGAACGAGAAGUAGCUUAUUAAUUAGGAGAUGAAGCACGAGUAGACACCGUUUUGCUAAUUUGCAUUCCCGUAUGAUUGUUGUCGUUCUUCGAAUUGACUAUUGUCUGUGCUUUUUUCUUGUGUUUCUCGGGUGUCGACUUGGAAAUCAGAUAGUCGCUACCAACCUACGGGAAGAAUUAUGGAACCGAAAAGAGAAGGGAUGCAGAGAAGACAAAGCACAGGCACUAACUAUAACAUUGAAACAAUUAGUCUAGAAAGGAGUCAAAGAGCCGCUCGUUUCAGUCAAUCCGAGGCUUGGAAAUGCGGUCAAUGUUUUAGGACGUUUUCUCAGCGUUCUUCGCUGCAAAUGCACGUGUGCGACACUUCAGCUAGUCGUCCAUUCUUGUGCGGCUACUGUUGUUGUUCGUUUGCCGUGCCGGAGGAGUUGAAAAACCACGUUGCUUCACACGCCGCUGAAAAACCGUUCAAAUGUGGAUUCUGCCAUCGUGCGUUUGCCGGUUCGACUACUCUGAGUAAUCACAUGAGAACUCACACAAAUAGUAGGCCAUUCAGAUGUCAUCAGUGUGGGACUGAUUUCACACAGGGCAUUCAGUAUAGUCGACAUAUUCGGGUCGGUGAGUGCUCAGGAGCGAGACAGCAAGAGGAAUCGGUUGAGGGUGGUGUGGAGGAACAGGAGGAGGACCAAGAGACAGCAAUUGUAGCAUCACCUGAUGAAAAACAAGAGAUUAGUCAUUCAGAACAGAACUUUCCAGCAGAGUAGCAAUUGCCUAGACAGUUAUAUAAAACAAGAUUGAUUUAUUAAAUAAUAGGUAUUAACUUUUCUAGAUUGCAUUACAGAUUUUUUGAAGAGUGAAAAAUUAUUUUUCAGAUACUGGUAAAGUUUAUUUAUCUAGAAUUCGAGGCUGUGCUACACCUAUGAGUACGAAAAA